AUGACCUUGCUGCAGGCUCGCUCAAAAGGCUACGAGUUCACUGUUGCCAACAACCUGAUGACUGUCCGAGCAUACUUUACAGCUACGGGAAUCCAGGAAUUUGGGCAACUCCCGUCGGACAAGGUUCUCUACCUUGCAGACCUCACGCUGAAGUAUGAUUCUGGCUUUGGAAAGAUCACAAUACUUGUAUUAAUGAUCUGUGUACCUGAUGUUCUGUACAGAACUCCCUAUAGAGACCAGGCUUACCCUGUAGUGAAAUAUCUGAGGGACCCCCUUUAUCUGGAGGUGCAGGUGCUGAACAGACUGGACCCAAACAUCAAGCUGGUUCUGGAUGACUGCUGGGCAACUGGAUUCCCUAGCCCAAGCUCCUUGCCUCGCUGGAACAUCAUUGUUGAUGGCUGUCCAUAUGAUGGAGACAACUACAUGACUGUAUUCCAUCCCAUGUCUGAGUUCCUUGGAAUUCCAUUCCCAAGCCACUACAGGAGGUUUGAGGUGAAGAUGUUCACUUUUGUCUCUGGAGGAGUACUGCAGGCUAACUCGGUCUAG